CAUUGGCUGAUCACAGGGUCACGUGAUCGGAGUCAGGGCAGGGAGCAGCUGCAGGAGGAGGGGAGGAUGCUCCAGAUAAAACCAGCACCGCGUUCAGCCGAACCUACAGAACCUUUGGCAGGACGGCGGCCCCAGCGUCCAGGAGGAAGCCGGUUCCGAGCUUCUAAGAGCGGCCAGAGGAGCAGAGAUCAUCUCCAUCUUCAGCCCCAGUGCAUCAUGGGAUCUGCAGUCUUCUCCAUCCUUCUUCUCUGCCUCGGGACGUCACUGUGUGCUGCUGUGGGCGUGGCCGGUCCAGGGGGCGCCGUGUCGUGCCCGCUGCAGUGCGUGUGUGAGACCCGACCCUGGUACACCUCUCAGUCCGUGUACCACCAGGCCCGGACGGUGGACUGCAACGAGCUCCACCUGGACAGAGUUCCAGCCAACAUCUCCACAGACACUCAGGUCCUGCUGCUGCAGAGCAACAACAUCUCCUCCAUCAGCACAGAGCUGCAGAACAUGAGGAACCUGACGGAACUGGACCUGUCCCAGAACCACUUCUCUCAGGUGAGCUCCAUGGGCCUCUCCUCUCUGGUCCACCUGGUCACCUUGUACGUGGAGGAGAACCACAUCCAGGAGCUGGAGGACUUUGGUCUGAAGAACCUCACCAGCCUGGAGGAGCUCUACAUCAACCACAACCACAUCUCCUCCAUUGGACCCAAAGCCUUCGAUGGUCUCACCAACCUGCUCAGGCUUCACCUGAACUCCAACCGGCUGGUGGCCAUCGACAGCCGCUGGUUCGAGUCCCUGCCCUCCCUGGAGAUCCUGAUGAUCGGCGAGAAUCCCAUCCUCGGUCUGGAGGAGAAGAACUUCCUGCCUCUGUCUCGCCUCCAUAGCCUGGUUCUGGCCCGAAUGGGUCUGGUUUCUGUCCCGUCGGCUGCCUUCGUCGGGCUCGACUACCUGGAGAGCCUCUCCUUCUUUGACAACAAGCUACGGUCCGUACCUCGGGACGCCCUCAGUGAGCUUCCCAACCUCAAGUUCUUGGACCUGAGCAGGAAUCCAAUCAGCCGGAUCCAACGAGGGGAUUUUGAAAACCUUCAGCACCUGGAGGAGCUCAGUGUUCAGGUGAGCUCCGAAGCUGUGGCUGCACCAAUCAUAUCGGAGGAGGGGCGUGGCCUGGGCAGGAUAAAGAAGGAGAAGAGGAAGAAGCAUCACAUGUUUGAGCCGGGAGCUUUAGUGAUUGAAAAAGCCGAGCCUUCAGACGCAGGUGUGUACACCUGUGUGGCCUGGAACGUGGAGGGCGCGGACACCAGGAGCGUCUCCGUGUCUGUGGACUUUCUAGGGUCUGAAGGAGGGAGCAGCAAGCGGAGGCUGUGGGCCGGGAACUCCUCCAGCUCUGCAGCCUCUCUGGUGGUUCUGGCUAAGGUGGUCCAUGCCCAGUCCGUGGUCUUGGAGUGGAAGCUGUACUCUAGCAGAGGCGCUGUGGGUCAGAACCAGAACCAGCACGACGCUGCGCUGCCUCUGCCUCGCUGGACCAGCGCUGUGGUUCACAUCGACAACCCUCAGAUCAGCUACACCGCCAAGGUUCCAGCUGAUGUCCAGGAGUACAAUCUGACCCACCUUCUCCCUGCCACUCAGUACCACGUCUGCCUCACCGUGUCCUCCUCCCUGCCGCCCCUCCCCUCCGCCGCCGUCCACACAUCCUGCCUGAACUUCACCACCAAGGAGGCGGGUUUCUCUGUGGAGCUGGUGGCGUCGCAACCCGGUGGCGUGGCGCUGGCCGCCGUUCUGGGCUCCAUGUUCGCCCUGUCCAUCAUGACGCUGCUGGUGGUGUACAUGGGCCGCCGCGUCCAGCAGCACAAGUCCUGCGGCCAUUCGCUGAAGAAGUACAUGCAGCACACCGCGUCCAUCCCGCUGAACGAGCUGUACCCGCCUCUGAUCACGCUGUGGGAGAGCGAGGCAGAGAAGGACAAGGAGAAGGAGGAGGAGGAUGGGGAGGGGGGAGCGAGGGGGGAGGCCGGGAGGAAUCCCAUCAACACAUCCAAGACCUACAUGUGGUAGCUGGGGGUGGGGAGGCACCCCCUGGAGGGGGUUACUGUCAGCACCGACCCUACCGCUUUAGCUUCAGGUAUUAAUGGAUUUGGAUUCUGAUUGGUCCGUCACAUCCUGCUGGGCACCGUCACACUGACCAGAUCCGGUCCAAACCAGUUGGUACCGUCACACUUUCAAGAUCUGUUCCAAACCAGUUGGUACCGUCACACUGACCAGAUCCGGUCCAAACCAGUUGGUACCGUCA